GUGGCAUUCGACUCUGACACUCGACCGGAAGUGUGGCAGACGUGUAAAUUUUCUACUCGGUGACCCUAAAGAAUCCCCGUCGAUGCUUUAAUUCUCGGUAGAAUCGAGGACGGUUUGCUGCCCUGGGUGGAAUUCUAGUCUCUGGCCGAGUGUUUAAGUUUUAGGACAGAAUACUGGUUGUUGGGAGUGGGCCCCACUGUUCAGAUCGCGGCGGGGGCUCCGCUGGAAAGGGGUUGCUGGGGACGCCUUGUUGUCGUUCCCUGGGCCAUGGCAGACUCAACGCUGUUAGUGUCGGAGCUGAGCGAGGCGGAGGCAAUGAGCGCCCAGACGGCUCGUUUUGAGGAAUUGCUCCUGCAGGCCUCCAAAGAGCUCCAACAAGCCCAGACAUGCCAACAAGACUCUACAAAGAUCCAACCUCAGCCUGGUUUCUGCGUAAAGACCUCCUCCUCCGAAGGGAAGGUUUUCAUCAACAUUUGCCAUUCGUCCUCCAUCCCUCCUCCGGCUGACCUGACCGAGGAUGAGCUGCUUCAGAUGCUGGAGGAGGACCAAGCCGGCUUUCGCAUCCCCAUGAGUCUGGGGGAGCCUCACGCCGAGUUAGAUGCAAAAGGCCAGGGUUGUACCGCCUAUGAUGUAGCUGUCAACAGUGACUUCUACCGGAGGAUGCAGAAUAGCGACUUCCUGCGAGAGCUUGUCAUCACUAUCGCCAGGGAGGGCCUGGAGGACAAGUACAAGCUGCAUCUAAGUUCAGAGUGGCGCCUGUUGCAGAAUAGGUCUUUCCUGGGAUCCAUCUCGCAGCAAAACAUCCGCUCCCAGCAACGCCCUCGCCCUCGGAUCCAGGAGCUGGGGGACUCGGACCCGCGCAUCCCCAUGGCAGCUAAGGAAGGCCCUGAGACGCCUCGCAUGAACCUCUGGCUAGAAGCUCCUGACCUUCUCCUGGCUGAAAUCGACCUCCCCAAGCUGGAUGGAAUCCUGGGACUGUCACUGGAGAUUGGGGAGAGCCGUCUGGUGAUGGGGGGUCCUCAGCAGCUUUACCAUCUGGAUGCCCACAUACCCCUGCGCAUCAAUUCUGACAAGAGCAAGGCGGCUUUUCAUAAGAAGAGGAAGCAGCUGAUGGUGGCGAUGCCCCUUCUGGCAGCACCUUCCUGACCAGGGGUCUCCGGGUGUUUCCAGUGUGGCUCUCUGGAAAUAAAAAAAUUUUGGCUU